UGUUGAUAAAUGUAAUGUAACUGUUAAAAGAGAAUUUUUGCUUUUCCGGAGUUCAGCUUUAGCGUCCGAUCACCGAUGGCGUCGUCACAAGACGCUUGGUAUCUGUCGCUCUUGGGGCUUGCAGAAAACUUCAGGACUUCAAAUCGAAUAAAAAUGUGCAUUCAAUGUCUACAAGCCGUGUUCAGCUUCAAGCCUCCACCAAGGGUCGAAGCCAGAACUCAUCUGCAAUUGGGCAACAUUUUGCUACAAUACACAAAAAACACAGACCUCGCCCGGACGCAUCUCGAACAAGCGUGGCUGCUGUCACAAUCCAUCAACGCCUUCGACGAUGUCAAAUUUGAAGCGGCCAGUGUGGUGGCUGAACUCUACCAACAACAAAGUCAAUCAAACUUGGCGAAACCAAUUUUAAGAAAAGCCGUCGAACUGUCACAACACAACAUCUACUGGCACUGUAGAUUAAUCUUUCAAUUAGCACAAAUACAUGCCGUUGAAAAAGAUUACGAGUUAGCAAGUAGUUUGUUAGGCGUUGGUGUUGACUAUGCUCACAUAUCAUCAGCCGCAUAUACAAGAGUUCUCUUUCUACUUAGCCGAUGCAUGUUACUACUAAUUGACAAGAAAAUUACAGAAGUUUCCCCUUUACUUACGCAGGCUGGAUAUUUAGUUGAUAAUUGGCAAGCUAGCCAAUAUCAAAAAGAAUAUCUCAAAGUCUUUUUUUUAGUUUUACAAGUAUGUCAUUAUUUAAUGGCAGGACAAGUUAAAAGUGUGAAGCCGUGCUUGAAACAAUUACAGCAAAGUAUUUUGACAAUAAUGCAGCCAACAUGGCCUUCUGAUGAAGUCGUGUGUGGUUCUAAUAUGGGAGACAUGUUCAUCUGGAUGCCCAAAGAGCAGCUCUAUAUUGUUGUAUACUUGGUAACUGUGAUGCAUAGCAUGCAAGCCGGCUACAUGGAUAAAGCUCAAAAAUACACUGACAAAGCCUUGGCGCAAAUAGAAAAACUUAAAGCCGGUGACCAUAAAACUCCAAUACUGUCGGUGUUCCAGCUUAUGUUGUUAGAAAAUAUGGUAAUGUGCCGACUAGUUACAGGAAAUAAAUCGCAAGCUCUCCGUGAGAUGUCUCAAGUGUGCAGUAUAUGCCAGAGACAUCCGCGAUUGCUGAGCUCACACCGUCCUCAACUUCACAUGCUUAUUGGCCUAUACGCAAUGAGCAUGAACUGUAUGGAUGCCGCCGAAAUACAAUUUACUACGUCGUUAAGACUGUCACAAGAACGUGAAUUGUGGGCAUUUGCGAACCUUAACCUAGCAAUUGUUUACCUAAGAACAAAACGAGAUGCAGACUUAAAUGCUCUUCUAGAUCGUAUCAAUCCAGAGACUUUGACAUCACAAUCGCACAGUCUCAGAGCUGCCGCAUACUAUGUUCAAGGCUUGCAGUCAUUUUUCCAAGCACGAUACAACGAAGCAAAGAGAUACUUAAGAGAAACCUUAAAGAUGGCAAACGCUGAAGAUUUAAAUCGCUUAACCAGUUGUUCGUUAGUUCUUCUCGGUCAUAUAUUCUUAUCGCUGGGCAACAGCAGGGAAAGUAUGAACAUGGUCACUCCAGCCAUGCAAUUAGCUAGCAAAAUUCCAGAUGUUCACGUGCAAUUGUGGGCUUCUGCUAUUUUAAAAGAUUUGUAUAGAAUGUGCAACGAUCCCACAAGAGAGAGUGAAGCCCUGCAAAUGCAUAGCAAUUUUUCUCAGACGUUAUUGAAAGACCAUUACCAGUCGUCUGAAAUGCUCGAACAUUCGCUAAUAUCGUGGACCGACGGACCAUUUCCCAUUCCGUUGAAACCUACCGUGUCGCCCCCUCAGCAACAUCAACUCGUUUUACAACAACAGCAACAACAACAACUGCAUAUGCAGCAGCAAAUGCACAUGCAUCAACAAUCGAUGCACAUACAACAGCAGCAGCAGCAGCAGCAACAACAACAACAACAACAACAGCAGCAGCAGCAGCACGCCAUGCAACUCCAACCAACGCAACAAACUCCUGCCGCUCUCGGACUCCCUUCUUAGCGCCUGCCGCAAACUAAUGUGAUCAAAGCACGAGCACUGUGCCAUCGACAUAUAUUCACAAAUGUCGUCAUCAAGGUAAAUUAGUGAAAUUUGUAAUUAUACACGUUUUUCGUAUUGUGUACAAAAUUGAUUUUAAUGUGAAUAGCCUCUAUAUAUGUAUAUACAUAUUAUUAUAAAUUGCCUUUUUAUACUUUCAUGUUGUCUUCUCAAGUACGCAACCGUUUGAUUUUUUUUUUUCCCCCAAUUACUUUGUUUAAUUUAAAAGUAAAAUUUGCAUUCGUCACGAAUGCUCAACACACGAUGUUUUGUGUUUAACGGAUUUAUAGAUGGAAUUGUAAUCUAAAACAUAAAACAUUGUAAAUUAUAACCCUGUCAAUUGACCAAUAAGAAUGAAAAACAUUAAAUUCUUUAAUUUGACAUUUUAAUCAAAUAAAAAAACUGUGAACUUUUUUAUAAUUUAUAGAAUUGUGAAUGUUUUUUUAUUAGCCUACUACCUAAUGAGUUUUUGAUGUAAUUUGUUUUUUUUUUUUAACUACUUGAAUUUUUUAGUAUAAAUAUUAAAAUAGUUCUGUCAAAUUUAAAGAUAAACACUUCUCGAGCAACAAGAAAGAUACUAUUACACGUAUAUAUUUACAAUACAAUUUGUUUUUUUAAUGACCUAUGAGCAGCCUUAAUUAUUAAUUCCACCUGGCUGCUAAAAAACAACCAGACUGGUUAAGAAUCGUUAUUGUCAUGCGUUUGUAAUGAAGUAUUGUAUUUAGCUCAUUAAGUUUAUCAGCUUACUAUUACCAUAUAAAAAUUAUAAAUUUAUAAAAACUGUUAUUAUUAUUUUUAUUUUUAUAUUUAUUAUAAUUGGUUUAUUAUUUGUAGUAUUAUUUUUUUAACGGCUACUAAGAUGUACAUAUAUUAUUAUUUAUAAUGAAGUCAAUAAAAAAUUAGAUUCAUAUCAACGAUGAAAA